ACAUUGACUCGCUGACCCGCAGGUACUUCUACCGGACGUACACCUUCCUCAUGUGGACUGCCCUAUACAUACACUGUGCCUUAGGAUACCCUUAGGGACUGUGGAAGUCUGCACAUUUAUCGCCAUGAUUGAUUGACAGGUUCAAGUCUAGUUACCAUAGCAACUGGAUCCCUCCAUGUGGACGUACGGAAAUUGCCGAAAAUUACCGAACACUGCCGAAGAUGAAGAUUAGAUAUUUGAUUUAGGAAGUGGGCACACCAUUUGGGAUGAAAUCACCCAGCAUGCAUACAGGAUGCAUCAGUGGAUGACAAGGAGAAGUUUGACACCACACUCGACCCGGCAAUACCCCCUCCAUCACCUGUACACCCCCAUACCCCCGCCGCCGAAGAUUUCCGAAGGAUGUGUGACGUCACGUGCUGAAAAGGAAGAAUCCUGGCGGUCGUAAUGGCGAUGUGUGUGUGAAGCGGGGCGCGACAGCGACUGACCACGUUGAACGACAGCGCACCUAGGACUGACCAGGCCCGGUCCCCCUGCUUUCCCAGAACGUGUGGAGUGUCCUCGCGGGAUUGCUGACCGACAUGGCGGCGAACAUGUACCGAGUUGGAGACUAUGUCUACUUCGAGAACUCAUCAAGCAAUCCAUACCAGAUACGUCGAAUAGAAGAACUUACCAAGACUCCAAAUGGGAAUGUGGAGGCCAAGUGUGUAUGUUUCUAUCGAAGACGGGACAUCUCUAGCAGCCUGAUUUCACUAGCAGACAAGCAUGCCAAGGAGAAAGAAGAAGCUGCACUGGAGGAAGAGCGGGAUGAUGCUGAGUUUGAGAACCUUGCUGAGGUGGACAGACACCAGCUCAAGCACAAGGAGCUGUUCCUGUCCCGGCAGCUGGAAUCCCUUCCUGCGACACAUAUACGGGGGAAGUGCAGUGUUACCCUACUAAAUGAGACAGAGUCCCUGCAAUCCUACUUGAACAAGGAGGAUGCAUUCUUCUACACACUGGUUUAUGACCCAGUGCAGAAAACACUGCUGGCAGACAAAGGGGAGAUAAGGGUAGGCAGCCGGUACCAGGCUGAGGUUCCUCCUCUAUUAAAAGAAGAUGAAGGUGAUGGCCGAGAAUUGGCCAAGAUGGAGAGCAAAAUUUGGGAUCCUGAAAACCCUCUGGAGGACCGACAGAUCGAUCAGUUUAUGGUCAUAGCGAGGUCUGUUGGCACAUUUGCCCGUGCACUGGACUGUAGCAGCUCAGUUCGGCAGCCUAGCCUCCACAUGAGUGCAGCAGCAGCGUCCAGGGAUAUUACACUGUUCCAUGCAAUGAACACUCUUCACAAAACCCAGUACGACGCCACAAAAGCCAUCACCAGCCUGGUGCCCCAGGGUGGCCCUGUGCUGUGUCGAGAUGAGAUGGAGGAGUGGUCAGCGUCAGAAGCCAACUUGUUCGAGGAGGCACUAGAAAAAUAUGGAAAAGAUUUCAAUGACAUAAGACAAGACUUUCUACCAUGGAAGUCACUUAACAGUAUUAUAGAGUACUAUUACAUGUGGAAAACCACAGACCGAUAUGUGCAACAGAAACGUUUGAAGGCUGCUGAAGCUGAGAGCAAACUAAAGCAAGUCUACAUUCCCAACUACAACAAGCCCAACCCCAACCAGAUCACUAACAAGCCAGGCACACCCAACUCCCUCAUGAACGGGCAGGGAGAGAAACCAACCAGGGCCUGUGAAGGCUGCUAUGCCACUAACUCACACCAGUGGUACUCGUGGGGACCUCCCAACAUGCAAUGCCGUCUCUGCUCUGUCUGCUGGAGCUACUGGAAGAAGAUGGGUGGCCUCAAGAUGCCAACCCGGCUAGGUGAGAAGCUAGGUGAGGCAGAGGGAGCAAAUGAUUUUGAGCGACUGGCUGGACACAUGCCAAUGCACAGACCCUUCAGAUGUACCAUCAGGGACUGUGGCAAGUGCCCUUUGAUCCGGUCAACAUCGCCUCUAUCAAGAUAGAAUGCCAAACCCGGAUGCCAGAGGAUCCACAGAAGGUCCUGAAGAAGCGGAAGCGCACACGGCCUGAUCUGAGUAAGAUCCUUGGGAAGCUUGGGAUUGAUGUGGAGGCAGAUUCUCCUGAAUGGAUGAAUGGCUGCUCCAUCCCGCCAGAGCCGGUAUUGGGGAAGCCACCACGAACCAUUGCAAGCUGUACUGACAGGAAGGAGUACAAGUCCAUGUUCCCAGACCACCCUGUCAGGGAACCCAAACCUAAUGCUGAGCGACAUUCAGGUGGUGAUGAAAAACCUGGGAGUGUUCCCUCCAACCCUGCCACCAUCCUCAACAACGUGUCUCCCCCCAUCAUGAAGAAGCGCCCAUACGACCAGAUGAAUGGGAUGGAUGGUCCUGCAGCCAAGAGGUCCUUGCCUAUGGGAGGCCCCAAUGACAUGCCACUGAAGAAAGGAGACCAGCCGGCCGUACGGCAGACUGCCAUGUUGCCAGGGAUGUUCAGUAACAGUGCCGUCCCUCGCACCAAUCAGGUGCUGAACGCCCCUGGCACCAGACCCCCUGGGGUCCCAGGGAUGACCAAUCACAAUGGCAGCAACAGGCAGUUCGCGAAGACCCUGGCCAUCAACAGGCCCGUCAAGAGACGGCGCAUCAACUGGAUUGAUGCUCCUGAUGACGUUUUCUUUGUGGCCACAGAGGAAACCAGGAAGCUCCGUCGGCAGCUGGUUCCAGCAGAGCAGCGCCGUGCUGCCCGAUCCCCCUGCAGGAAGGUCCACCUCCCCAACAAGCCCAAGUCAGCUGCCGUCCCCAGUGAACCAGAACCCAUCGUCAUUGAGGACUAACUUCAGUGGUCCUGCCAUAACUAACUUUUCUCAUCAAUGUACUGUAUGGACCCAAGCGUAUUAUGGAGUGCCAUGGUGCCACAUAGAAGGAUUUUGCAGAAUGCAGGCAGUCAUUUGUACUAGUCAUCUCCAUUCCCUAACUUUUGAAAACAAAGUCAAGUGACAACUCAUCAUAUUCAGCUUGGCGAACAAGUUGAACUGCACUGGGUCAUGCUGUAUCAAGAUGUCCGUAUUAAGUUUGAAUAUGAAGAGCUGAUUUUGAACAUGUUCACUUGUAGUAGUCGACAGAUGUAUAGGAUGUUUGCUAUGCUAUGGUUUUCACACAUACAAAUAAUCUUUCCUAUUGGCAUAUGGAACUCGAGAUCUUUUAUUCCCCUCUUUGUGAAUACUGUGACUGUUCCGGUACAACAGCAAAUUUAGUGGGAGAACCAAUUCAGUGCUCAUUUGGAUAGAGAAAGGGUUGGGAUUUAUUUGGCCAAACAGUAAGAGUGUAGAGAAAUGAAUGAGCACCAAGUGGUGAUAUCCUAAGUUGGGUGUCAGAUUCCACUUUUCCCCACCCCCAUCACAGUCUUUACUGUAGACUGUGGUGAAUGUACUGUGUUCAAAAGACGUAGCAUGUAAAAAGCACUCAGUGUAAAAGUAGAACAUUUUUGUCGGGGCUGUGCAGGAGAUAUUGGGCCACGUGUGUACCUUCCUGCCGUGAAGGAUGGGAUCUAGUGUAGAGUUAAAACUUCUGGCCAUCGACAGGGUCUGCCUUCCAGACUAAAGUACAACAUGACUUUUACACAAAUUACUGGAGGGAGUUGGUAUCACUGUAAGACCUGAAUAGAACGGGUCAGUAUACUAGAUGUAGAACUACUGUUUGAAUAUGGUAUAUUUAUUCUUUGUUCUAGUCCACCCGUGUCAUCAGGUUAUUGUUUGGCUGUUGCCAACUAUUGUAGGUCCUGUGAUGCUCCUAUUGUGAAGCAGUUUUGUAUGUAUGAACUUGUUUCUGUGAAUAGUACCAAUGAGUCUUUGUACAAGACGUAUUUUCCAACACCUGACAUUUUAUAGAGAUGACAGCGACUGGCUUUGCCUAAUGUAGUGCGUCGUAUGUUAUCCUUGUAGUCAUUCCCUUCUCAAAGGAUGUCCUCACAACUUACAAAUUCUGGGUAUGUCAGAGUGGUCCAUAGGCUUUUAAUAAUGGUAGAGAAAAUCUGUUUACAAAAUGUUUUCAAUGACAAAAAUGCAGUGCUUGAGAAACAGCAGGAAUGUCAAUCUUGCUGCUUCCCAUGCCUCUGUCAGAAUUUGUUGCUUGAAGACGUGGUAAUAACCUAGAACUUUGUGUAUGAACAGAUAACAUACAGUUUCAGAAUCAAGACCAUCAGAGAUAUGUGUUAUGACAUGAAAAAAUUGUAGGCUUUUCCAGGUCAUUCUCAGUACUGUGUUGAUGAGUGUUUGUUUUGGACCAGAGCUUAUUUGUGUUCCCAAGAUAAUACAUUUACUCGACACAACAGCCACUGAGAUUGCAUAUUUGUAAAAUGAAAAAGUCCACUCUGAAACUGUGCAUAUUUUCUUAACAUUGCUGUAGUAUAAGUUCAAACAUUGCUUGCUUAGGCAUUGAUUGAUAUAUGUUGCUAGUACAUGGUACUUGUAUUCACUAAUUCUAGAGCUCCUGUAUUUUUCAAUGAUUUAUGAACAAGCAUAUAAAUAGACAGUAUCACAUUAGUUUUUAUCUCCUUGGAGGCAAUUGAUAGCAUCUAAUUUAUUGAGACCAUGGAGUAGAGUAACUGGAUAUGAGGACUGUAAGCAGUGAGAGACCAAUUGUAUCGUGCCUGCCAUUUGUUGUACUGUGUUAGAUCCUAGGAAAGCUGCUCCUGUGGCCGCCCCAGAGGGGCUCCACUCUUUUUGUAAGUUGCAUGAUCUUCAAAUUGUAGGCUUUCACCAGCUUUGCAACACAGAUAACUUGUAGUUGCCAUUUGUCCAGAGGUAUAGGGAAGACUUGUGAGUCAUCCGAGAGAUGCAGAGGUUUGUGGUUUCAACUUCUAACAGCCUUCCAGUUUUCUUAUUGCCUAGAAGGACUGCUUGAGCUUGUAGGAAGUUGACAGGUCUCUGACUGUCGCAGGUAUGAGUUGGAUUCCAGACUCAGGUGCAGACAUUUGGAAUCCGAAGAGAACACAUGAACUACCAGUACGUUGCCACUCAGUUUUUGCUGUAACAUGAUGCACUAGCUUGGAGCACUCCCCAGUAAGUCCAACUUGGUCUGUAACACACCUAGCUUCAUGCAGUGUUUGCCAGGGUCUUCCGAGUAGACAAGCACUUUCCUUUGAAGGUGGUUAUGGAAUUCUGGCGUCUUGAAAUCUUGAAAAGUUUGUCAAACUUUUGAAAAGAAAUACAGCAUUCCGGUAUGAUUUGGCUUUUCCUUUGCAAUGCCAAAGAAAAUGUGUCAAAUGAAAAGAAAACGUGGUAAAGCAAAGACAUUUUACUGACAGGUCCUGCCUACCUGUUGCAUCACAGAUGGACAGAAUCCCAUAACUGCUGGUCAUCACUCACAGAUUCUUGCUGUAGCUGUCAUUCAGACAUUUUGGUAGGAAAUUACAACAAUGUGACUGUUAAAUAAAAUAACUUGAAGUAUCCAAGGAAA